UGCUAGCCCUUCCUCCCUCCCGGAGUCCCUGUAUCGUGCCUCUCCCGGUAGCACCUUACUGCUGGGUAUGAAGAGGUUGUCUGUGCUGCUGGUGGACUGCAGGAAAACAACGGGGCUGAGUGGAACUGUGAGAGGAGGAGAAGAGAAGAAAGGAUCAGAUUUGACACACCAAAGAGAAAGACCAGACUCAGAGGAACCAGAGACGUCCAAAUCGGCAAAACAACACGACUGUUCCCACUGUGGAAAGAGUUUUACAGAGUUAGGCAACAUGAAAAGGCAUGAAAGGACACACACAGGUGAGAAGCCUCAUCAAUGCUCUCACUGUGGAAAAACUUUUACUGAGUUAUGGAGCCUGAAAACACAUGAGAGAAUACACACAGGGGAGAAGUUGUACUACUGCUCCCAGUGUGGAAUGAGUUUUACCCACGUAUGUAACCUGAAAACACAUGAGAGAUUACACACAGGGGAAAAGCCUUACCACUGCUCCCAGUGUGGAAAGAAUUUUACCCGGUCAGGGCACAUGAAAGAACAUAAGAGAACACACACAGGGGAGAAGCCUUACCUCUGUUCCCAGUGUGGAAUGAGUUUUACCCACGUAUGUAACCUGAAAACACAUGAGAGAUUACACACAGGGGAAAAGCCUUACCACUGCUCCCAGUGUGGAAAGAAUUUUACCCGGUCAGGGCACAUGAAAGAACAUAAGAGAAUGCACACAUUGGAUAAGCCUUACCUCUGUUCCCAAUGUGGAAAGAGUUUUACCCACUUAUGUAACCUGAAAACACAUGAGAGGUUACACACCGGGGAGAAGGAUUAUGAAUGCUCUCCGUGUGGAUUGAGUUUUACCACUUUAGAGUACCUGAAAUCACAUGAGCGAACACACACAAGAGAGAAGCCUUUCCACUGCUCACAGUGCAGAGAGAUUUUCACCCAGUUAGGGAGCCUGAAAAGGCAUGAAAGGACACACACAGUUGAGAAGCCUCAUCAUUGCUCUCACUGUGGGAAGACUUUUACCCAGUUAGGGAGCCUGAAAAGACAUGAGAGAAUACACACAGGGGAAAAGCCUCAUCAUUGCACUCACUGUGGGAAGACUUUUACCCAGUUAGGGGGCCUGAAAAUGCAUGAGAGAAUACACACAGGGGAGAAGCCUUACUGCUGCCCCCAGUGUGGAAAGAGUUUUACCCGGUCAGAGCACAUGAAAGAACAUAAGAGAACACACACAGGAGAGAAGCCUUAUUGCUGCUUCCAGUGUGGAAAGAGUUUUACCUACUUAUGUAACCUGAAAACACACGAGAGAAUACACACAGGGGAGAAGCCUUACCACUGCCCCCAGUGUGGAAAGGGUUUUAACCAGUUAGGGGUCCUGAAACGACAUGAGAGAAAACACACAGGAGAUAAGGAUGUAGGAUGUUGAACUGUAGAACAUUGGAUGGAUAUAGGACAGAUGCUGGCUGAACAGUAGGAUAUAGGACAGAUAUAGCCUCUGAACAGUAGGAUAUAGGACAGAUAUAGCCUCUGAACAGUAGGAUAUAGGACAGAUAUAGCCUCUGAACAGUAUGAUAUAGGACAGAUAUAGCCUCUGAACAGUAGGAUAUAGGACAGAUAUAGCCUCUGAACAGUAGGAUAUAGGACAGAUGCUGGCUGAACAGUAGGAUAUAGGAAAGAUAUAGCCUCUGAACAGUAGGAUAUAGGACAGAUAUAGCCUCUGAACAGUAGGAUAUCGGACAGAUAUAGCCUCUGAACAGUAGGAUAUAGGACAGAUGCUGGCUGAACAGUAGGAUAUAGGACAGAUAUAGCCUCUGAACGGUGUAUUUUCCAUACUGCAUGUAUUAUAGUGGAUUUGUUUGCUGACAUCACUAAGUCUAAAUGUCCAUGUAAAUGGGCUA